GAAUAUUCAAAAUACCAAUAGGAAUCGAUUAGCUGGUUAAUUAAAUCCUACUAAGAAACUAAAAACUAUCACGUUACAUAUAAACCAAGCCUGAUAAACCAUCUCAUUCAUCACAUCACCACUCUGUUUCUCUGCUUCUAUUUUGUUUCGAAAAGAUGUUUAGAAAAGUCAGACUAUGUUUUCUCUGUAUUUGCUCCAUUAUUAUAUGCGUAUUGAUCUUUUUUUCUAUCGAUCAAUAUUCUCGAGCAAAUUUCAAUCAAGAACUCAUGCGUAAUCUGCAUAACACAAUUUCAAUUACUCGGGAGCCUUCCAGUAGUCAACGGAAGGAUGCUGAUGAAGUUUUUCCAGAACAGCAAAAUCGAGUCCAUGAUACAGUGAUCAUACCUGAUUUUGAAAUUUUGGUUAUGGUUUCACCUGAUCAUAACCAAUUUUCAUCAUUAGAUGUUGGUGAUAAUAUUUAUUGUUUGUUCCAAAAUAAUUCGACUUCCCCAGCUAAAUCCACAGGAGUAUUACCUUCUUCCGGAAGUAAGAUAUUCAAGUGUAGUAUUCCGGAGAACUUACGUGAUUUGAAAUCAAUUCACCCGCCAAUUCUUACGACAUCACCGGAAGAUUAUUCUUUAUCAUCAUCAUCAGACGAGUCAUUGGAGAAGAAGGAGGUAUUUCGUUGUUUGCACCCAACGGAGACUGAAAUUCUUGGUUUAGGAGAUGAGAAGAUCAGAGUUUCCCUCCAAGUAAAAGACUGGGUUGUUCCAUCCGUGGCAUAUUACACACCACCGGCGCGUAAUUUAGUUUUUCCAGAAAAGAAACUAUUAUGCGCGUCUACUAUGGUGUACAACGUGAGUAAGUUUUUGAGAGAAUGGGUUAUUUAUCAUUCAAAACUAGGAAUUGACAAGUUUAUAUUUUAUGAUAAUGGUAGUGAAGAUGGUUUGCAAAACGUUGUUGACGGACUCAGAGGAGAUUAUAAUGUUGAUAUUGAGGUAAUAUUUUGGCCUUGGCCUAAGACACAAGAAGCUGGUUUCUCACAUUCUGCUAUACGUUCUCGAGAUUCUUGUACAUGGAUGAUGUACACUGAUAUUGAUGAGUAUGUAUUUUCCCCAAAAUGGGUGAAUUCAUUAGAACCAUCAUCUGAUAUGUUGACAUCUUUAUUGCCGAGUAAUAAUAUCUCUUCAUUGUCGUUUCAGAAAAUUGGUCAAGUAGAGAUUUUUUGUUAUGAAUUUGGUCCGUCUAAUCAGAAAGUACACCCGGUUGAGGGGGUUACUCAAGGAUACACAUGUAGAAGACGGAUAUUGAACAGGCAUGAAUCGAUUGUAUUACUAGAUGCGAUUGAUACAUCUUUGUAUAAUGUGAUACACCAUUUUGAGUUAAAAGAUGGGUUUCAUGUGAGAAAAAUGUCAUCUAGAGAUGCAGCGGUUAAUCAUUACAAGUAUCAAGCGUGGUCUGAAUUUCAAGCAAAGUUUAAAAGAAGAGUGUCCGCUUACGUUGCAGAUUGGACAGACCCGGUGAACCCAAUGUCCAAGGAUCGGACCCCAGGUUUAGGAUUCGAACCAGUUGAGCCAAAAGAUUGGGGUACACGGUUCUGCGAGGUCGAAGAUACGGGCCUGAAAAUGCUCACUCAAAAAUGGUUUGGGCUGGUUUCUUCCGAGGGGCAUAAAAUGGUUUGGCAAGAUGCCUAAGGUGUGUACAUACAUACAUGGUACAAUUGUUAAGGUGUGCAUACAUGGAUGAUUACGUUGGAGCUGAAUUUGGCUGUACUAUGGCACUGGUCAGAUCCUGCCUGCUUUCCAUAUUGAUGCCUGCUUUCCAUAUUGAUGAUGGGAAUCAUACAGACGGUUUACAGAAAAAAGGACUGAUAAUUAACUUGAAUUUCUAACACACAACAGUAGGCAGGCAUAUGAAGAUAAAAGUUUAUAUAUUAACAUUUGUAACCGACUUCUAAAGUUAUAUAGUUCAAUCAAAGAGUUGUUUACUU